AUGCGCCUCCCCUUCCUCCUCCUCACCACCACCCUCCUCACAACCCCUUCAGUCCUCGCCCUCGGGGGCUCCUCCAAAAUCCUCCUCUCCAAAGUAAAAUCCCUAACCCUCCGCUCCUCCGCCCUGACAACCUCCCGCCGCGUCCCCCCCGUCCCCCAACUCACCUGCGUAGGCGGCAACGCGCAAGGUCUCUACGAUGUAGACGUCAUGUCCUGCAAGAACAACGGCCAAGGCUACGACUCGGAAGACAUCCACUGGGUAUGUCAGGCCAGCUUACCUCCCGAAUUCAAACUCGGAGCGACGGACGUGGUGUGUGAGGGGUAUGAUUCCGCGGAAGAUCCGUGGGUGUUGAAGGGGAGUUGUGCGGUGGAGUAUCGGCUUGUUUUGACGCCGCUGGGAGGCAUGAAUCCCUCUUCUUCCUACCACUCCCCCUCCUCCUCCUCCGGCGGCCUAUCCGACUCCAUCUCGACCUUCAUCUUCUGGCUCUUCUUCCUCGGAGUAGCCGGCUUUAUCAUCUACAGCGUCUGCGUCAAUCCCAACAACCCCAAUCGCCGCGGAGGACGUUUCGGCAACCGCAACAACUGGGGUGGAUGGGGAGGCGGUGGCGGAGGUGGAGGACCAGACGACGGAACCGACGAUCCUCCUCCACCGUACACGCCGCGUGGACCGAAAGUCAGGUUUAGUCCAUAUGGUUCGUCUUCUGCGGGCGGCGCGAAUUCUGGACCGGGGUUUUGGACGGGUACGAUGGCGGGUGCGGCGGCGGGAUAUGGAGCCGCGGCGUGGAACGCGAGGCGGAAUCAACAGCAGCAACAGCAAGCGGGUCCGUCGAGUUGGUUUGGAGGAGGUGGGAAUGCUGGUGGUCAAGGCUACGGCGUGGCGGGACCGUCAAAUUAUGCGUCGGCACCGGCGCCGAGUAGUAGUCGGCAUGAGUCUACUGGCUUUGGUGGGACGAGAAGACGAUGA